AUGAGUACAACGUUGCAAACAGAUGAGUUUCCAGUAUGGGCAUUGGUACCAAAAAAAGAAACUGGAGUCUCAAACUUUUUGGCCAAAAAUCCAUUAUACGAUGGCCGUAAUGUGACAAUAGCUAUAUUCGAUUCCGGUGUCGAUCCUGGAGCUCCUGGUCUUAAAGUGACAAGUGAAGGAAAACCAAAAGUCAUUGCUAGAUAUGACUGCAGUGGUGCUGGUGAUGUUGAUACAUCAACAAUAGCUACACUGGAAGGAAAUGAAAUAAAAGGACUAAGUGGACGUACACUUGUGAUACCAAGUACUUGGAAGAAUCCUACUGGGAAGUAUCACAUAGGUAUAAAAAAUGCAUAUGAGUUAUACACUAAAAAUGUUCAAAAACGAAUUGAAGAAGAAAAGAAAGAAAAGGAAUGGGACCCACUUCAUAAGCCAUUGUUAUCACAAUUAAUCACGGAACAACAAAAUUUCAAUAAUGAAUAUGAUCCUUCUAAAGUCAUGCCGUCAAGACACCUGAAAUUAAAAAAAGAUGACCUGGACAGCACUAUUGAAGCUUUACAAAAUUUAGAAAAAAAGUAUAAAUUCAUUACUCCAGUUUACGAUUGUGUUGUUUUCCACGAUGGAGUUCAGUGGCUUGCAUGCUUGGAUACUUCGGAAAUAGGAGAUUUGGCUUCAUGUAAACUUAUGGGAGAAUUUAGUGAAGAUCCUGUAAAUAAUUUUGAUUACAUCACUGCUUCUGAUCGAAUGAGUUACUCGUUUAAUGUGCACAAUGAUGGAGAUGUAUUGGAAAUUGUAUCUCUUGGAUCAUCUCACGGGACCCAUGUAUCUGCUAUAGCUGCUGGGUAUUUUCCUGAUGAACCAGACAGGAAUGGAGUGGCACCUGGCGCCCAAAUUGUAUCCUUAACGAUUGGUGAUAGUCGUCUCGAGACAAUGGAAACAGGAACAGCAAUUGUGAGAGCAAUGAUUAAAGUUAUGGAACUUAGAAAGAAGUUUAACAUUGAUGUUAUAAAUAUGAGUUAUGGGGAACACUCAAAUUGGUCUAAUGCUGGGAGAAUCGGCGAUAUUAUGAAUGAUGUAGUAGACAAUCAUGCAGUGACUUGGGUUGCAUCUGCUGGUAAUCACGGACCAGCUUUAUGCACUAUUGGUGCUCCUCCAGAUAUUUCAAAAACCACGAUUAUAGGAGUUGGAGCUUAUGUAUCACCAGAUAUGAUGGCAACAGAAUACUCCAUGCUGCAAAAACUUGCAGGAACUACUUAUACAUGGUCCUCAAGAGGACCAACAAUUGAUGGUGGUAGAGGAGUAAGUGUAUGUGCACCAGGUGGCGCAGUAACUUCUGUACCUGGAUACAUGCUAAGAGGAUCACAGUUAAUGAAUGGCACAAGCAUGUCUGCACCUCAUGUGGCUGGAGCAACAGCUGUAUUAAUAUCUGGACUUAAAGAAAAAAAUAUUGAUACCUGUCCCUAUAUGAUUAAACGAGCAAUGGAAAACACUGCAUUGUAUAUUGAUAAGAUCGAUCACUUUUCACAAGGACAUGGUUUAUUACAAGUUGAUAAAGCAUUUGACUACUUAACUCAAUACUACACUGAACAAGAAUCAUAUGUUAAGUUUGUGGUGUCUUGUGGCGUCCUGGGUGGUUUUAUCGGAAAUAAAGGAAUCCACAUACGAAAUGCAAUUGAAAACAAAGAGGUUGACUGUGGCGUAACUGUGGAACCAGUCUUUUUAAAUAAUGCAGAUGUUGAUGCUGAAAAAAAAAUUAAUUUCCAAAUGAGCUUGUGCUUGACGAGUGAUGUUUCUUGGGUUAGUGUACCGAAAUAUCUGGAACUGAUGUACAUGACACGCAAUUUCAACAUAAAAGUUGAUCCCAGUGGAUUGUCUCCAGGAGUGCACACGACUACCGUGAGGGCUUAUGAUGUUAAAAAUACAGCAAAAGGCCCGGUGUUUACCUUUGAAGUCACUGUUGUCCGACCAGUGAAAACCGAUGAUUCAGGUUCAUUGUCUUAUGACAACGUCAAUUUCAACCCAAAUUCCCUAAUAAAAAGGAAUUUCGUGCUAGUGCCCAAUAAGGUGACAUGGGCCACUCUCCACAUAAAACAUCUCGAUACCGACGUCAACGCUAAUUUCUGCCUGCAUACCGUCCAAUUGUUGCCUCAAAAAUCGUGCAAAUUCAUGGAGUAUUGCAAGAUAUUUAACAUGAAGUCUAAUGAAUUCCAAGCUCACUUCCCCGUUGAGGAAAAUGUGGUAUUAGAGUUGGCAUUGGCAAAAUAUUGGUCAAGUUAUUCAAAUAUAAUAUUAUCAUACAAAAUACAAUUUCAUGGCGUCAUACCUCAGUCGAAAAACGUUGCGAUGUAUCACGGAAUGGGUUUACAGUCAUUGAUAUUGAAGCCUGGUGUAAAGAAUGAAGAAAUCCAACCAUCUGCUUCUUUGAAACAUCUUAUUACCGUUCUUAAACCACAGGAAGGAAAAGUCACUGCAUUAACUUAUCGUGAUGUCAUUCCACCACAAAGACCAAUCUACCAAUUAAAUUUAUCUUAUGCCUUUUCUUUGCCAAAAUCGACGGAAGCAUAUGCAACUUGCGGUUUAUUUGGUGAACUUUUGUAUGAGAGUGAAUAUGAAUCACAAUUAUGGAUGUUGUUUGAUUCAAAUAAACAGUACAUUGCUGCAGGCGAUGCAUAUUCUAGUAGACAUGUGUAUAAACUUGAUAAAGGUGAUUACACUAUUAAAAUGCAUGUACGUCAUGAACGGCGAGAGUUAUUAGACAAAAUUAUUGACCUGCCUAUACAAGUGGUUCAAAAAUUACAAAGCCAAAUAAACUUGGAUGUAUACAAUAAUCAUCAUCAAGCCACAAUUUUUGGAAAAAAAUCUUCGAGUUUUAUUAUGACUCCUAAUAGUCCUUUGUGCAACCUGAAUAUCGGACCACUUUCAAACGAUAAAAUCGUUUCAUUGAAGUUAUUGGCUGGACACUGUCUGACUGGAAAUAUAGUAUAUGCUAAAGAUGAAAAUGGAAAGAAAGUUGAUACCUACGAUUUAAAGUACUUCAUAACAGAUACGCUUAAAACAAAGAAUGGACCAAAACCGCUUGAAGAUUUUAAAACAAAGUUUGAAGAAUUCAAUGAAGCUUUAUGUGAAACCAAAUUAAAUUGGUUAACCAAAUUAGAGUACGGGGAAGAUUCCAUAAGCUUGUAUAACAGUUUAUGUGAAGAAGUUGGAGAUAAAAAUUCUUCUGUUCAUAUAUCAUGGAUACAAUGUAUUGAACCAGAAGAUAAAAAAAGAUUCCCUGAUUUUUCAAUUCCUGACUUUGAUGUAGAAAAAGUAAAUCUUAUAAUCGCUGCUGCUGAUCGUGCUCUGUCUAUUAUAAAUACACCUGAUCUUCUUGCAUUUUAUGGAAUUAAGUCUGAUCAAAGACCUGAAGCUUCUAAACUUAAAAUAGUUCAUGAUCGUUUAAAAACUACUGUGAUUGAAGCAUUAUGUCGCAAAGGUGCAGCAUUGUGCCAAUUGUAUUAUUAUAACAAUGUGAUGACUAAAAAAAGUGAUGACAAUGUCUUACAGGACAUCGAUACCAUUUUGCAACAAGUUUCCUGGUUUAUUUCUCCAGAUUCUGAUUCUAAAAGUUUGAAUUAUUUUAAUAUUUGGCAUGGAGCAGUAUAUCAAAAUUAUGGACGUAUGAUGAAAGUACUUUUGAGGAUGUUGGAGGAUAAACAUGUUAAAGAAGUUGAAAGUUGUUUGUUGUGGACUAUUAAUGUUAAGUUUGGGGCUGAUGAAUCCAAACACUUAGUAACUGCUAUUUCAAAUGCAUUAAUUGUUCAUUAUCCAAAAACUUUCCGUCCAUUUUAAUAUAAGUUAAUUUUUUAAUAGAUUACGGUUACAUUCUACAGUAUACCGUAUGCAUAUAUAAAGUUUACUAAAUAUAUUAUUUAUAAUAUUGUGUUUUCAAAACAAAAAAGUAAUCUAAAUAACAUUUUUCAUUUUUAAUAAAAUUAUAUUCAUUCAUUC